AUGUCGGAAGCUGGCGAGAGCAUGCACAAGCGCUCCAUGUCGGCAGCUGCGCGCAAUCUGCUGCGACGAGAUAAGAACCGCGGUGGCGACGACGAUUCCGGCUCAGAGGAUGGCCGCGCAUCGAAUGCCGCCUCGAGCUUGUCGCGCCAGACGAGCGUUCUUGGCCAUGGAGCCAAGCUCUCGACGACAACGGCUGGAUUGAGCAGGACGCCUUCCGCCACGGCUGCGCCCCCGACACCCCUGAAGCAAGUGCAAAGCCACGACAAGGCCAUCAGCCUGGAGCAGUCUGUCAAAAAGUUCCGCAUUGUCGAGGCCCUGCGUAGUGGUGACACUGCUUCCAUCUCCAAGGCCAUUCGCGACACGAGCGAAGGGGGCCCACGAGUGAGCACGUCGUCCCUGUCCGGCGGUUCUAGUGGCCUCGAGGACACCACAAUCCUCCACUUGGCGAUCCAAUGUGCCGAGUUCCCCGUGGUCGAGUAUGUCUUGUCGGACGGUCUCAACAGUCUCGACGUCAACGCCCGUGACAAGGACGGCAACACACCCCUACAUGUGGCGGCCGCGCAGGGCCGCACACCCGUGGUCAAGCUCCUUCUCGAGCAGAAGGACAUCAACGAUGCAAUGGCCAAUGCACACGGCAAACUCCCGAUCGACCUCGCCAGAAACCCCGAGAUUUUUCAGCAGCUGCAACUAUCGCGGUCCUUGUAUACCGAGGCCAAGGUGCGCGAGGUGCAAGAAUUGAUUGCCAGAGCGGACUACGACAGCCUCGCGGAAGUCUUGGAGGAACCCCGCUUCAAGACGGUGAUUGAUAUCAACAGCCCCGAAUUCGCCUCGGAACCCACGACUGUGCAGUCUGGCGGUACCCUUCUCCACGAAGCAGCGAGAAAGAAGAACACGGCCCUCAUCCAGGCUCUAUUGCUCCACGGUGCCGAUCCGUUCCGACGUGACCGCAAGGGCAAGCUGCCUCAGAACAUUACCAACGACGACAAUGUGAAGUCCUUCCUCAAAAAGUCGCCUGCCGCCGUCGCUGCACAGCGGACCAUCCAGGAGAAGGCUGUCCUGGGGCACGCUGCCUCGCAAGGCGUGGGGCCUGCGCCUAACGGCGACCCUCUGGCCGGCCGCGAGUCUCGUGAGAUGAAGGGCUAUCUGAAGAAAUGGACCAACUAUCGCAAGGGGUAUCAGCUGCGCUUCUUUGUGCUCGAGGAUGGUGUUCUGAGCUACUACAAGCACCAGGACGACGCGGGGUCCGCCUGCCGCGGCGCCAUCAACAUGCGCAUCGCCAAGCUGCACAUGAGCCCCGACGAGAAGACCAAGUUUGAGAUUCACGGAAAGUCCUCUGUCAAGUACACGCUUAAGGCGAAUCACGAGGUUGAGGCGAAGCGCUGGUACUGGUCGCUCAAUAACUCCAUCCAGUGGACCAAGGACCAGCUGCGCGAGGAGGAGAAGCAGGCUGCCAAGAGCGCGGAGCUGUUGAAGCAAGCCAAGGCGGAGCAGACUGGCACCGGCCUGUCUGUCCAGGACUCGCACAGCGACGCCGCCAGCGUUAGCGACCUGCGCCGGCAGAGCUCCCACGUCCCCCAUCGUGCUGCGUCGAGCGUCAAGGUGUCGGUGCAGCGACCCGACCAGACCGGCGCGAGCACGGUGGGCAGUUUUGAUGAUGAUGACUUUGCGGACGCGGCUACCGAUGGGUACAUGUCUCGGUCGCCGGGCGCCGGCGGUGCCUUGAUCCCCGGCGAACACGACGAGGAGGACGACUACGACGACAAUAUGAGCGCCAGGGACGAACCAUCGGCUACGCGCGACGCACUCAAUAUAACGGCCCAGUCCGCCAAGCUUCAGCUGGAGACUUUGACGCAUGUCCAGGCCGCCCUGAUGGCUGAAUCGACGAGCCGGCCAGCCACGGCCAUCUCGGAUCCCAAGGUAGCGCAGGCUUUGUCGACGUACGACGGCGCCAUCCGCAGCUUGACGGGUCUUAUUGGCGACCUGCUGCGCAUCUCCAAGGACCGCGACGCGUACUGGCAGUACCGUCUAGAUCGCGAGUCGGGCAUGCGGCGGAUGUGGGAGGAGAGCAUGGCGCAAGUGGCCAAGGAGCAGGAAGAGCUGCAAGCCAAGUUUGGUGAAGCCGAGGCCAAGCGUAGACUAACGAAGAAGGCGCUGCGCGAGGUGAUGGAAGGUGGCGUGGGUGUGGGCGGUGGUGCCGAGACGCCGGUGGCGGAGCCAAAGUUGGAGCAGGCCGAGAAGGAUAAGGAGCAGGAGGUGCCAGUCAAGAGUAUAUCGAGAAAGCCGACGGCGCUGGAGCAGAUGGCCGAGUUCUCGGAUGACGAGUCUGACGACCAGGAUGAGUUCUUUGACGCCGUCGAUGCUGGAGAGGUUGAGGUGACUGUCAUGCCGCCUGGCGAAGCCGCGCAGGAGAAGGAUGUGGUCAUCUCUGGAGGCAACGACAUCAGCCCCUCAUUCAAGGGUUACGAGGGUGGCGUGCGGACAAGGCUGAAGCUGGAUGCUGACGACAGGCCGAAGGUUUCGCUCUGGGGAAUUCUCAAGUCCAUGAUUGGCAAGGACAUGACAAAGAUGACCUUGCCCGUCUCUUUCAACGAGCCAACGUCCUUCCUGUACCGUGGCGCCGAGGACAUGGAAUACGCCGAACUAUUGGACCUGGCUGCCGACCGCGUGGACUCGAUCGAGCGCCUCGUGUACGUCGCUGCGUUCGCGUCGAGUGAGUAUGCGUCCACCGUGGGACGUAUCGCCAAGCCCUUCAACCCUCUCCUCGGCGAGACCUUUGAGUAUGUGCGACCGGACAAGAACUACCGAUUCUUCAUUGAGCAAGUCAGCCACCACCCACCUAUUGGGGCUGCAUGGGCGGAAGCGCCGCAAUGGGAGUACUGGGGUGAGAUGAACGUCAAGUCCAAGUUUUACGGCAAGGCCUUUGAUAUUCACCACCUGGGCACGUGGUUCCUCAAGCUGCGCCCCAAGGCCGGCGGGCAGGAGGAGCUGUACUCGUGGAAGAAGGUCACGUCGUCGGUCAUUGGCAUCAUCACAGGCAACCCGACAGUGGACAACUACGGCACCAUGGAGAUCAAGAACCACACGACUGGGGAGGUGGCGCUUGUGGACAUGAAGCCGCGCGGGUGGAAAGCGUCGAGCGCCUACAUUCUAUCAGGCAAGGUCUUGGACUCGGAUGGCAACGUCCGCGUCAGCAUGGGUGGGCGAUGGAACUCGCGCAUCUACGCGCGGCUGACGCCCGGAUACGAGGCUGCGGUGGGUGAACCGUCCAAGGAGAAGGAUAAUGGGCCGGUGCAUCGGGGCAGCCUGGUGGACCCGACACAGGCGUACCUCGUGUGGCAGGCGAACCCACGGCCGGCUGGUAUCCCGUUCAACCUGACGCCGUUUGCCUUGACGUUCAACCACCUCGACGACAACCUCCGGCCGUGGAUCGCACCGACGGACUCUCGCCUGCGGCCCGACCAGCGCGCGAUGGAAGACGGAGAGUACGACGUGGCAGCGACAGAGAAGAACCGCCUCGAGGAAGGACAGCGUGCGCGCAGGCGAGCGCGCGAAGAGGCGGGCGAGGAGUUUGUGCCGGCGUGGUUCAGCAAGGCGCGAUGCGAUGUGACUGGGGAGGAGUACUGGCAGUUCAACAAGAAGUACUGGGAGCGGCGAGAGAGGGCCGGGCCGGCCGGGGACCCUGAUGCGUGGGAAGGUCUGGAGCCCAUCUUUGAGGACUUUGACGAGAAGAGCAUGGCAUCAUGA